CGCCGCUCACCUCCACCUCACAAAGCCCACCUCAUACCCUGCAGACAGAGAAUAUGGAGGAGUUCAAGGAGGAGGAAAUUGAGAGCAUUCUCUACAUCGGCCGCGAAGUUUCAGUGUUCAAGAUCCCACCUCUGAAGAAGAACGAAGGACACCGCGCGCAGGAGUGGGGUGACUUGGGAAACCCGCUAUGGAAGGGGCGCCUUCGCAUCAUUGAGCGAUCGUCUGGUGUUGCGAUACAGUUCGAGGAUCCUACCACUGGUGAGUUCUUCGCGAAGGCCGACUAUGAUCCCGCUAAGCCCUCAGUGGAGGCCGUCCUCGACUCCUCACGAUACUUCGUCGUCCGAGUCGAGGACAACGGACGGAGAGCGUACAUCGGGAUGGGUUUCCUUGAGCGCACGGACAGCUUUGAUUUCAACGUCGCCCUUCAGGAUUAUACCAAGCGAUGGAGGGCCCGGAUGAAUCCGGGUGAAGCAGAGUCAGAAGGACCUUCCCCACAUAUACCUACCGGACCCAAGAAGGAUUACACCCUCAAAGAAGGCCAGACUUUCUCCAUCUCUAUUCCCGGAAGGGCCAAGCCCACCAGCGUCGCGUCCGGCCCGAAUCUGCUAGGUGGCAGCUCUGCAUUCUCUUCCGGUGGUGGUGGCGGUAUUCCUGCUCUAUUGCCUCCCCCGCCAAGUGCCCCCAGGAAACGGUAGACUCCUGAUGUGCGCCAUGUAUAAUACGUCGACUCGAGUAAGUCUGCUCGGAGCCAUUUUACUACGAUGACUGUUGCCCGG